UAAUCUAAAUCCAGGUUUGGUUUGAGGGCUGGUGUUCGAGCGCAACGCGCGAAAAGAAAAAAAAGAAGAAAAAAGAAGAAAAAACAAAUAAAAGAAUUGUCUUGGACUUGGUUUAGCAUUAUUAUAUUCAUCAAAAGAUCUCUUUGUUCCCUGCAUCUCUAGAUCUCUAUUCAACCAUGAGUUCGAAAAAAUGUUGCUGUUGCUGCUGCCUCCUUCUCUUAUUAUUUUUGAUCGUGGGCAUGAUUGUUCUUUUCGUGCUUAAAGAAAAAUUAGGGCCGUCAUUAGAAGCGCGCUACAAGGUGACGGAUGCCUCAUUGAGCCAGUUUAGCAUGGGGUCUGGCGACAAGCUAGAAUACAAUCUAGCCGCCAACAUGACCGUUGAAAAUCCUAACAAAUAUUCUGAUUACAGAUAUGACAAAUUUAUAGUUGUUCCCUCUUACGGUGACGAGGAUUUAAAUGAAGUUUCUUUGAGCGCAUUCGAAGUAGCGAAGAAGAACACAUCUGCAUUGACACCUCUAGUGUUCAAAGGGCAGAAAUCGGUGUCUCUUAAGGGCGAUGCAGCGUCCAACCUUAAGAGUGGUUCGGUUUUUGAAAUCAUUUUGAAGAUCAAGAUUAAGAUUAUGAGCAGGGCUGGUAAGGUUGAAAUUUACAACGAGUAUAAGGAAGAAUGCAAAUUGAAGGUUCCUUUGUUGAAUUCCAAGGGAAAAGCUUCUGAAAAGUUUGAGAGUACAGAUUGCAAAAAGGUUGGAAGCACUAGUUCGGGGAUAAAGGUGUGAUUUGUACAUUUGAGUCAUCUCAAGACCUCGUGGAAGAUUAUUGGGCAGGGGAUUUUUUAGAACAUGGUCUACAAGAGGUUUUGUGAUCUUUCUGGGGUUCCAAUAGAAUAAGUUGAGAGCUGCGAGGAAGCAAAGUGAUAGUGGCUAGGUCUUCCACUGAGGUAGAAUAGGUGUUCAGUCUUAUUACCAACCACAACAGCAAAUAUGAGUGCAUGCAAUCUGCAUGUGUUUCUUCCUUAUCAAGUUUUCAUGGCUCUGGUUAAGCACAGAUAGAGAUUAGAUUAUCAUUUAUUACGUGAAAAAGUUAUUCUCAAGGAGGCUCAACUUGUGUUGGUUGCCACUCAGUUUGUAUGGCGUAGGGACUUGUUAUGUGGUCUCUUCCUCCAUCAGACUUAUGUACUUAAGAAUCGUUGUUCUCUUCUGAUAAUGAGUGUAGGAACAUUUUACUUUUCUCUA